UGGCGUGGGCGUGACCUGCUGGAGCUUCUGAUAUAUCCACGCAGGAGUUUAAAGUACAAGGCGAGCUGGUCAUUCUCACGGUUAGUUUGUUUUGGUCCCUCGGGACUCAACUCGGGAAGCUGCAGUAGUCUUUUCUUAUUUAAUAUUAUUUUUUUUACUAGAGUUAUUAUCUUAAAGUAGUGCAUCAUGUCUGCAGUUGCAUUCCCGCGUUUGCUGGUGUUUUUCGCCUGUAUUUCGUCGUCAGCAAUCCAUGGCCAAAAGCGAGGUUUUAUUGGGCUUCAGGAUUCGGACUCGGUCUACGUUGACUCGGUUACAGAAAGCACGUUAAAGAGUGGCCUGACCACCGUUUUCUUUUCUGUCGUCUACAUUUUGGUGUUUGCUGUGGGUCUCCCAGGCAAUGCCAUAGCAAUUUGGGUCUUUGUCUUCAGAUCAAAAAAGAUCCACCCAUCGGCCAUUUACAUGGCCAACCUCGCCCUUGCUGACUUGCUGUUUGUCAUCUGGAUCCCGCUAAAGAUUGCCUACCACGUCAAUGGCAACAACUGGACUUUUGGAGAGGAGAUGUGUAAAGUUAUGGUGAGCUUCUUCUAUGGGAACAUGUACUGUUCUAUCCUGUUCAUUACCUGUUUGAGUGUGCAGCGAUACUGGGUGGUGGCUCAUCCACUCACCCAGCAGAGGACGAACAAUAGACUGGCUAUUGUUGUAUCAAUAAGCAUCUGGGCUUUUAUCUGUAUCAGUACCACACCGCUGUUCCUGUACCAGCAAACGGCCAAACUCUCCGGGCUUAACAUAACCACUUGCCACGAUGUCAAUGUUAUCUCAAAGGAAAACAUGGAGGGGAAAAACACCUUUCUGGAUAUACAGAAGCCAUUCUAUUACUUCAUGGUGAUGGCGGGGUUGGGUUUCUUCAUACCGUGUGUGAUUAUUAUCACAGCGUACGUCAUGAUGAUGCGCAAACUGGGACAUUCCACUAUGAAUGGAAGCAGCGCUAACAAGAACCGUCACCGGGCCAUUGUUCUCAUCAUUACAGUUCUCGUUACGUUCCUGGUCUGUUUUAUUCCUAGCAACGUGAUGCUGGUGGUGCAUUACGCUCUCCUGGGGAGGGGAAUUGCUAACAAUGGAUAUGGCUUCUACAUCACCACCUUGUGCUUGGCCAGCCUCAACAGCUGCCUGGAUCCCUUUUUGUACUAUUUUGUGUCAGAGGAGUUCCGGUCACAUGUGAAGAACACAUUCCUGUGUCGAAGCAGCCGGACUGUGGAGAGGAUGAGAGUCUCCUUCAGUUCGCUGAAGUAUUCCAAGAAGAGUAAUACUUACACAACGGGCACAAGCCAUACAGAUAGCAGUACACUCUAAGAGCUUCAAUAUAGACUACAUUUAAAACGAGAAUUUUUUUUUUUUUUAAAGAUUACCUAGGCUGACUGAAUUAUUAUUUUAUUAGAGUCUGUUUGGAUUAAUAUUUAGACUUUCUCAGGUAGCAAAAAUCCACAUAGGUGGAUUCACCUUUGUAGGAAAGAAGCCAUGCUUUCAUUUACUGUGUGUGUAUAAAAGAAAGGGUGUGUGUGUGUGUGUGUGUGUGAUUUAUAUACUGGAAAUGUUACUUUGUGUCAAAAACAAGGACAGAAUCACAGACUGAAACUUGACACAAAUAUCUCCAAGGUGCAGCUGGUUAAGUUUGGGAUAUUGUUUUUUUUUGUUUUUUUGUUUUUUUUUUAAAUCUAAAUGUAAAAUGUGAAUGUUUUCUGAUUCUAAUAGACUGGAGCAGUCAUUUGAGUUUGCUUUGUUCUUUGACGCCAUGUUUGGUGGUCAUGUUUUUGUAAGUGUCCACUGAAACCUCAGAUUUUAUUGUUGUUUUAUCAUGUGUGGUGAUUUUUGUGCCAGACGCUCACGAAGAAUAACUAUUUCCAAAGCACCGUUUUUAAAAUAGUCUUUAAAUUAAGUUUGGCUUCAGGACCGCUACAACCACAGGCAAAAUAUGCAAAGAGUGUAUAUAAAGAGCUAGACCUGUGAAUGAUGGUACUGACUCCUUGUUUUAAAUCGACGUCCCAAUUAAAACCACAGGCACAUUCAUUUUUGUAUAUAUUUAUGUAAUGUCACUUAAUAAAUGUUUUGUAUGUUA